AUUAAUUUUAAUUUAAAUCUCUCCAACCGAUUUCUUCUCUGAAUUAGUACUUGUUUUUCGUUCAUCAAUUUUCCGCGCAAUGGCGAUCUUAGGCUCCCCGGAGAUCCUCGGCGCGACGUCGUCCAGCGCCGACGAUGGCGGCGCACACCACGCCACUCUUCGACGGAGACAGACUGCGCUCUCUGUUCCGCCCUCCGAUUCCAGCUCUCCCGAGGCUGAGAGCGCAAUCGAUGACCGUCACGAUGCUGAUUUGAGCUAUGAUAACGAGGAUGAGGAGAAUACAGCUAAGGAGAAUGAGGAGAGUAGUAAUGUCGACGGAACGGACGCCAUGGCUGCCAAAUUGACAUUCAGAGCAGCGGCGCCUACACAUCGCAAAAAUAAGGAGAGUCCUCUCAGCUCCGACGCCAUAUUUAAACAGAGCCAUGCUGGUCUAUUCAACCUAUGUAUAGUGGUGCUUGUUGCUGUAAAUAGCAGACUUAUAAUUGAGAAUUUGAUGAAGUACGGUUGGCUAAUCAAAGCAGGAUUUUGGUUUAGUUCGACAUCACUUAGUGAUUGGCCAUUGUUAAUGUGUUGUCUUUGUCUACCAGUUUUUCCACUUGGUGCAUUUCUUGUUGAGAAGUUGGUGAAACUAAAGUAUGUAUAUGAAUGGGUUGCAGUUUUUCUACAUGUAAUAAUUACAACAACAGCGAUCUUGUUGCCAGUUGUUGUCAUUCUUAGGUGUGAUUCUGCUGUUCUAUCAGGUGUUACGUUGAUGCUCUUUGCUUGCAUUGUAUGGUUGAAGCUGGUUUCAUACGCACAUACAAAUUAUGAUUUGAGAGUACUAGCAAAAUCACUUGAUAAGUGGGAAGCUGUAUCCAGAUACUGGAACCUCGACUACUCAUAUGAUGUUAGCUUUAAGAGUCUGGUGUACUUCAUGGUUGCUCCUACAUUGUGUUACCAGCCAAGCUACCCUCAAACAUCAUGCAUUCGGAAGGGUUGGGUUGUAAGGCAACUCAUUAAGCUGAUAAUAUUUACAGGAUUCAUGGGAUUUAUUAUUGAACAGUAUAUAAACCCGAUUGUUCAAAAUUCUCAACAUCCCCUGAAAGGAAAUCUUUUGUAUGCCAUUGAGAGAGUCUUGAAGCUUUCAGUUCCAAAUCUAUACGUGUGGCUCUGCAUGUUUUAUUGUUUUUUCCACCUCUGGCUAAAUAUACUUGCUGAACUUUUAUGCUUUGGGGACCGUGAGUUUUAUAAGGAUUGGUGGAAUGCAAAGACAGUUGAGGAGUAUUGGAGAAUGUGGAAUAUGCCUGUUCAUAAAUGGAUCGUUCGACAUAUAUAUUGCCCAUGCUUACAAAAUGGAUUGCCAAAGAUGGUGGCAGUUUUGAUUGCAUUUCUUGUUUCUGCAAUUUUCCAUGAGUUGUGCAUUGCUGUCCCUUGUCACAUAUUCAAGUUUUGGGCAUUCUCUGGUAUCAUGCUCCAGGUUCCUCUUGUAAUCGUGACAAGUCACUUGCAAGAUAAAUUUAAAAACUCAAUGGUGGGCAAUAUGAUGUUCUGGUUCUUCUUCUGCAUCUUCGGCCAACCCAUGUGCGUUCUGCUGUACUACCAUGACUUGAUGAAUCGAAAAGCUAGCGCAAGGUAGGGAUAACCAUCCUGAAAAGAUGAUCUUCCAAGUAGAAACUGAAACCCCCUGCUCACCCAAAAAAUAAGAAGAAACGGAAAUUCCGGAUUCUGUGGUGAUAGAGAACAUGCUGCAUCUUAUCUGUGUGAAACAGCUUGGAGUAGUAUGUUAUCUGCCAUGGCAAGACGAGUUUAUGAUUUGUUGUAAGGGGCAUAGGGGCCUAUUUUUCAAGGAUGUACAGAAUGGUCUUAAAUCUGAUCAAGCAUCGUCAUUUUCAGAGAUUGCCUCCAAUUUGUACAUCGUUUCUUUCUGUUCUAUCUAUCACAACUUGUAAAUUUCGCAAAAAAAUAGCUCGUGUUGUAUGUGGACUGUAAUUUGAUUUCCAGACCUAAAAUCGUAUAUUUAGUGCUUG